AUGUUCAAUAAAGCAUGGCUCUUGUUUAAUCCAAAAGCUCAAGCGAGGGUGUUACCAACUGUUUCCAAGACCGUUUUGGCUUUCCCUGCUUCCGUCUACGCGGAUCUGGGACAUUUUAUGUCGAUCCUCCUUGCACCCUACAUUGCAGCUCGGUGGACGAGAUUUCUGGUUGCAUCAAUUCUGGCCACUUAUUUCAAUCUUACUGGGAAUCCUAUGGCACCAGGCACUGGAAAUGCUGAAGCGUUCCUUUCUAGUGGGGCUUACAGAUAUCAAAAGCCAAGGCACUGGGAUAUCGCAUAUGCAGCAUUUACCCUCGGCCUGUCCAAAUGGAGGUGCAACGUCGUCGUGUGUUUUGAAGUAAGGAUGCUCAUGAGCAUUCAUAUCUGA